UAUCUUCCUUUAUAUUCCCUUUUAUAUUGAAGCUUAAAAGGUAACUAGUGCAUCGUUUAUUGUCUUCCCAACUGCUUUUCUAUGCGUUUCGGAACUUCGAUGCAUUUGGGAAACUCCUUCUUGAUACAAACUCACCACGUGACAGUAUGUUUGCCGCCACGUGCAACUUGUAACAUCACGUGCCACCAUCAUGUCAGUUCCACCUGCUCUCUUAAGGCAUUCCUUCAAUUUGUAUUGUGUUGGUCUCCACUUUUCUUCACAUAUGAUAUCCUACUGUAGGUCUCUCAGAUCCUACUCUUCCACUAUCUUGAGACCUCUUGACCCCCAUUCCUAUGGAUUUGCCAACAACUUCUAAAUCUAAGAAAGUUCGGCGAGAGAAAACCCCAUGUCUCUACAAGGGCAUACGAAUGAGAGUUUGGGGUAAAUGGGUUUCAGAAAUAAGAGUUCCAAAGUCGGGAGGAAGGAUAUGGUUGGGCUCUUAUGAUGCUCCUGAAAAGGCAGCUCGAGCCUAUGAUGCAGCCCUAUAUUGCAUUUAUGGUGAAUGUGGGCGAUUCAAUUUUCCAGGUGAUAGAAGGCCAGUGCUUCCUGCAGGCUCUGCAGUUUCCUUGUCCAAGUUUGAUAUUCAGCAGAUUGCCAUGAAUUUCGCUUCAUCUUAUGUACCAGUGUCUUUGCCGGUGUCAGCUACUAUAAAAGCUGAGGCACAAGCUGAUACACCCACUUCUCCACUAGUUUCUAAGGAUAUGGCAAGUAAAUAUGAGGUAAAGGUUGAUCCCCUUGCCCCAACCUGUGCAACAGGAGUAGGUUCUUCUGAUCCACCAGAAGAUUUCCAACUGGAUGAUUUCCUUGUUUUGGAUACAGAUUGGAUAUCUGAUUUCUAUUAG